AUGACAAUCUCUCCUGCCCCAGCCCUGCAGCUGACCAGUGACAGCAAGACCUUCUGGAGGGUGGAAGAGGAGCUGAGCUGGCCUGAGGCCCUGGAGUACUGCCGGCAGCGCCACACAGACCUGGCCGAGCUGCAGAGCACGGGGCGAUGGAGCAACAUCAGGACCCUCUCUUCCCUUACCAGCAGCCCCGCGGCCUGGAUCGGCCUCUUCUUCGACGUGCGCCUCGGGGGCCUGAGAUGGUCCAGCGGCUCCACCUUCAGCGUGCCAGGGUGGAGCUCGCCGCCGUUCUUCGAGGAGGGUCUCUGUGCCACUCUGUAUUCAAUAGCCAUUUUCCCCAGCCUGGGGGCCGCCUCGUGCACUGCUCAGAAGCCCUUCAUCUGCUACUACGAUCCUGCCCUGGAGCCCCACACCCUCCUGGAACCGGCUCUCAGCCUGACCACCUCUCCAAAGCCAGCUGAGGUUCAGAUCAGCAAUCUGAACUUCAAGCGAUUUGACCAAGAAAGGAAGUGGCUGGCAGCUGUGCGGUACUGCCACAGACACCACACAGACCUGGCUGACCCGCAGACAGUGACUGAGGAGACAGACAAGGGGGCCUUGAAAUCCAUCAUGAGUAAGACUGAGGCCUGGGUUGGCCUCUACUUCAGUGCGGCCUCUGGGUCUCUGAGAUGGUCCAGCGACGCGGGUGCCAGCGUCCCGACCUGGCUGCAGGUGCCUGAGUUUGGGGCAGGACUGUGUGCGGGUCUCUGCAGCUACUGGAGCUUCUCCCCCAGAAUUUCUGCAGUGGCCUGCUCUUCCCUGAAACCCUUCAUCUGCUUCGAUGACCCCGCCAUUGGACACCGGGAGUCAGCAGCCCUCCCUCAGCUCUCCUACACACCCUCCUCAGAAGUGACCAUGGGGACAACGCCCAGGCCAAGUACCCUCCCCUGUUUUCUGCUCUCUAUGGGUGCUUUGAGCCUGUUCUUGGCUGGAUUCUGGGGUCUCCAGGGCCUGGGAAGUGGAGAAGGUGGCCUGGAUGCAGCAGCACAGGGUGGGUCCCGUGGGAUCCUCCCCAAAGGGCCAGGGACCAGCGCCAGCCCCGCGCAGGGUCCGGCUGCGGCGGCGCGGCUCCCGCAGCUAGUCAGCCCGGAGCCCGCCGAGCUCGGGCCCCGCCCCCGCGCCCCUCGCGCCUCCGCCUCCGCCGGCCCUGCGGCGCCACAGACCCAAGGGACGGUGGCGCCCAGCCCUCCGACCCACCUCGAGAUCCCUGGGUACGGCCCGGUCCCCGACGGUGGGCCCUCGACCCCGCCAGUCACCGCCCAGAACACGUCCUUCGGCCCCGUGCCCCCGGCCUCCGCGCCGACCCCCGCCUCGAGCCCCGCGCUCCUGGGGAGCCCCUCUGUCCCCCAGGAAGUGACCGAGACCCCUCUGGCCUCCGCCUCGAGCCCUGCACCUGGCCCCGCGCCCCCGGAGGACCUCGUGACCCAGGGCGGGCCCGGGACGCCGCGGGAGGACGCAGCGGGCCCCUCGCCCGGCUCCACCCGCGGGGCCUCGGCUCACCCGUGGGUAGCGGCGCCCCCCGGGUCUACCACGUCCAGCCGGUCCCGCAGCGCCGAGCUUCUGGGGACGGGAGAAAGCACCUCGGAGCCUUUCGGCUCAGGGAGCUCGGCUGGGCCCCAGACAACAACGGCGCGCCGGAAGGGGGUAGCUCCGAGCCAGGCCGCACGCCCGGAGACCGCUGGCAGCCGGCCAGAGCCUGAGACAGCUGUGACCAGUGAAAGGAGUGGCACCGAUAUGACAGAUGCAGCUACUGCCACUCAGGCCCAACAUUUGAGCUCAUCUAAUCACCCAGAUGCUAAAGAAAACACUCCAACACCAAAACCAGGGCAACUCUUUGGAAUCCUGAAAGCAGAUUUUCUCAUCCCAGUUCUGAUGAACCCAGAAGACAUGAAAGACCAAUUUUUGAGUGAGAUCCAAGAAGUUUUAAAGCUUACAUUAGGUCAUGAGCAAUUCAGAUUGAAAUGGGUUGGCUUUGAAGUAAACAAAAAAUAGCACACGUCUACUGUGACCUGGAGUCUCCUCACACAAUUUUCUCUGGAUUUUGAGUGAAUUUUAGUUUUUUAAUUCAUAGUA